AUGGAUGACCUGUCCAAUUUUAGCAGCGCCAACAAGGCCAAGCUGGCGGCGGGCCUGGAGGUGCCCUGCCGUCCGCCCAACCGCUUCCAGCGGCUGCUCAUCACAUCAGCCUCCGCCUCCGCCUCGGUCUCGGCCUCUGCCUCCACCUCUCCUCUGCAGCACCAGGAGUCAUCCCCGCAGCCCGCCGGGUCCCGGCUGGAGCCGCACGGACCAGUGGCUAUAGGACAGUUUCAUCGAUCAUUCCGGCGAGAUAGUUUGUCUCCUUAUUCCUACGUAUCAGCUUCAUCCCACAACCACAGCACCUUCCCUCUGAAAGGUUUAGAUCGGACCCCGAUUCCUCCCAGAACAUGGCAGAACUCCCUUGGGAUGCACCCUGGACAAGUGGAGACAUCGUCUACAUUUUCAGAUAAGGGGGUUCCAUUUCCUGUACUGCAGAGGUUUCCAACUGAGGUUUCCUACACACUGCAGCCUAGUGCCACAUCUGUGCAUGUUCAGCAAGGUCCUCAAACAAUGGUCAGCUCCUCCCAAAAAUAUAAUAACUACACAUCCUCCGCACAGUUCUCCCAAGCCUACUAUCCAACAGCUGUGCUACAGUGCUGCUCUCCUUCUACCCACAUGGACUCUUUAAGUAGUUGUGUCACUCCCACUGCCUCUUCCUAUGCACACUGCAACUACUUCCAGAAUCCUCCAAUGCAGUCCUCCUAUCCAGUUGAAUUUCUGCCUUCUAAUUGGACUUGCAGUGCUCCUGAUGAAAAUAAAAAGACAGAAGUAAACCUAGAGGCUGUCUUUCAGAUAGUAGAUGAGUUGCAUUCCUCCCCUAAAUUGGAAAUGGUAAAGGUGGAACCUGUUGAGAAUCAGUGCCCUACAUCUCAGUCUAACAGAGGCCAACAUAUCCUAACUAAUUCAAACAACAGCAAUCCUUCCACAAGUCAGGCUAGCCAGCUGGAGCCACUUACUCCUGUAGGCUCAGAUAUUACGUCUUUUGUGGUUGGAACAGAACAAGCAAUUGCCUGCUCUCUACCGCAGUCACCUGAGUACAUCUAUACCGUCCACACAGCUCAGCCUGUGGAAAAUAGCACAAUGCAGGAAUCUGCAGCCAUCCAACAAGCUCAUGGCAAACUGAAGGAGCAACUAAGCCAUAAUCCAUCUCCAUCUUCAGUAGUAUUUAUGCAGGAAGGACUACCAUUCAGCACACAUCAGGUGGAUGCCAGUAUAAAAGGCCAGACCAAUCCACCUGAGAAUAUUUUGCCUUCAGAACAGAUGGGAUUCCUCAUUUCAGAAAUGGGACCUGCUAGCAAGCCUAGUAAAGACACAGGCUUACCCACUCCAGCCAGAUACAGAGAGCGGAGAAGCAACUCACAACAAGGAAAGUCCCCUGAUCUUCAUCUGCUGGUGGACGUGGCCUGCAAGCAGGAACACUUUCCAAAGGAGGAAGAAUUCAAAGAGUGAGGAAUGGACGACAAAAGUAACAUUGUGCACUAGCUGUAGCUGGAGGCAGACCAGCCUUGCAUGUGACACACUGUUGGGAUUUUUCCAGUUCUGUUGAGGAAAAGAAGUAUUUUUUGUUUUGUUAAAUGAGAAUUUUGUUAAUUGAAAAUUGGGAGUUCGGUAUUUAUUACAGCUGUUUGGUUCAGAUUAUUUACCUUGACAAACUAGAAAACAUCUAGCAGCCAUGUUUUGUUUGCUGCCCAGAUCCCUUUCAGAUGAAAAGUCCAAGCCUUCUAUUACAGUUAGGAAGGUUAGGAAGUAUCUACAGACUGCUAUACCUAUGGUCCUGGAGCAUAGUGUGUGUCUGCGCUGAAUUGUCUUGCCACUCUCAAACUGAUGUCAACACCACUCCAGUGGGGAGUCCAGGCUCUGUUUCAAGCAUGGUGUGAUCCUCGUAGAGAAGAUUGUAUGAGAAACAAAGACAUGGGAGGUCACCAAGACCACAGGUCUAAAUGGGUCAGGAAUUCCAGGGAAGAAACUCUGAGAAAGAGAUAAUUUUCUAAGUGAUUAACCAGGAAAUUCUCGUACUUCCUAACCCAGCAAUCUGUUUCAGGAGCAAGGCACCCGGACUUGGACCAUCCAUCACAUUUAACACCACCUGAUUCUUUUAUAUUAAU